AUGUGGGAACCUGUUUGGACAAAAUUGACUUCUAUUUGGUCCAUAUGGACAGCAUGUAGGGAGUUGGAAAGGUGUGGCUGCAAGUCUGGCUGUGAUUCCCAACGUUGUUCAUGUCGACGCACAGGUUUACCUUGCACACUACAGUGCAAAUGCAAUAAUGCAUGUUUGAACAAGAGUGAAAAUUAUGAAGACCCUUCAGAAUAAGAUCAAGAAAAACUACUAGACUGAGGAUCUCCAUAUUCUAACGACCCUGUACACUAGUUUUUAAUAAACUUUUACCAGA